CUGACUAUCCAAUAAAACUGUUGAAAGCUACCUACGGUCUCAUUCAACCCUUCAUCUGACUGCUGCUCACCAACUCUUAACCUGCAUAUCACUGAGCGGGCCCCCCCCUGUUGAUGUCAUUCCAAACCUUUACCCAGAUGCCUCGAUGACCUAGGUCAAAAGCCUGACGUGAUACUUCUUUUGUGUAUGGAACCCCCUGGUGUUAACUACGCUAACUGACCUUGGUGGGGAGGGGACCAAAUAUGUUCCAGCUGAUCAAGAAAGACAAGGACAAAGAUAAAGAUGAGAGGAAGAAGGAGAAAAAGGACCGUAAGGACAAAAAAGAAAGGAUGUCCCAGGCAGAGCUAAAGAGCCUGGAGGAGAUGAGCCAGAGAAGGGGCUUCUUUAACCUCCACAGAGGAGGGUCCAAGAGGGAGUCCAAGGCCAAACUGGAGAUCUCCAGCCCCAUCCCCAUCAAGGUGGCUAGCAACACGGAGCUCAGCCUUACUGACCUAGACACUGAUCGCUUCAGUAACCGUGGCAGCAUGGUCCUGGACCUGGGACCAGUGAGCGCAGCCAGCUCCAAUGAUGACAUCAAGGGAGAGCCCGGCCUAGACUCCCACCGCACGUCUGUCAAGGAGCGGGCAGCCAAGUUUGGUAGCCUGGCCAGGCAGAAUUCUCAGGUGGGGCAGAUCAUGAAGCGCUUCUCCUUCUCUCAGAGGAGCAAAGAGGAGAGCGCCUCUGAGGCCUCCACACCAAGCUCUGCUCAGCCGUCUCCCCAGGUGGAGAACAAGGUGUUUGACCACCACCAAAGGCAGGGCUCCCCGCAGCAGGGCCACGGCAGGGCUGGGAGGGGGGUUCUCGUCCCAGAGCUGGUGGAGAAGACCUUCCCUGCGGACCUGCGGCUGCCUGCUGUCAAGGCUCCACCCAUGCCUGAGCCCAGGGACCUGGAGCUGCAGCGCCGCAACACGGGGGACUUUGGCUUCUCUUUGCGACGCACCACCAUGUUGGACCGGAAGUCUGACGGCGGGGUCUUCCGGAGGGUGGUCCACUUCGCUGAGCCUGGUGCCGGGACCAAAGACCUGGCGCUGGGUCUGGUGCCCGGAGACAGGUUGGUGGAGAUCAAUGGGCACAACGUGGAGAAUAAGAGCCGGGAUGAGAUUGUGGAGAUGAUCCGUCAGUCUGGGGACUCGGUGAGGCUGAAGGUACAGCCCAUCGUGGAGCUGAGUGAGCUGAGCCGCUCCUGGCUGAGGAGCAGUGAGGGGCUGCGCAGGGAGACCUAUGAUGUUGAAACCAAGCCAGCAUCAAAUUCCGACGGCGAGGAAGUUGUAGCUGAAGUAAGUGGUGAAGCACAGCCAGGGGUCACAUCGACCAGGGAAACAAACAGGAGUGACCCCACAGCAGCCUCACCCUCCAGACAGGAGGCUGCUGAAGACCAGGGGCCCUCCCAGAAGAAGGGGGUGAAGGUGGUUCGGAGGGUGGUGAGGAAGGAAGGGCCCGGGGUGGGGGAGCCUCUUCAGGGCCGCGGCACUGAGCCUCCAAAAGCUGCCCCCAUGGCCACAUCUGUACCCAAGACCGCUCCACUUUCCGGCAAGAAAGAUGAGAAGGAUGACAUUUCCGUGGGCCUGGCCAGCCUGAUGGGCCGAGGGAGGACCAAGGAGCACCGGCCUCGCAACCGCACCCAAGACCGCAAGGAAGACAAAGAGGAGGAGGAGGAGAAGGAGGAAGAAAAGGAAGAAGAGAUCAAGGAGCCAACAGAGGUUAAAGUAGAAGAGAACCUUUCCACCUCUGCUUUCUCUCCAGCCCCUCCCAAACCAAACCCACUCACCCCUCCAGCAGGGUUCAUACCCGCACCCAAAGCCAAUCCCUUUGCCCCUCCUCCAGGCUUCAUCCCUGCACCCAAACCCAAAGCCAACCCUCUCGCCCCCCCUCCAGGUUUCAUCCCGGCCCCUGUCCCAAAAAACAACCUUUUUGCCCCUCCUCCAGGCUUCAUUCCCGCACCAAGACAAAAUCCUAUUGCCCGACCCCCAGGUUUCAUCCCCGCCCCGAAAUCCGACCCCCUUGCCCCCCCUCCAGGGUUCAUCCCUGCCCCUCGCUCAUCGUCGGUGAACAAACCCGAGGUGAAGAAGGCAUCUGGGUCCUCUGCUGGGAAGCUUUCUUCCGGGAGUGCUCAGCCUCAGGGUUGCCAUGGCUCUAAAGAACAGAAACAGGUGGACCAGGACACAGUGGCCCUCCUGCAGGCGGCCCAUACGGCCGCCUCUCAUCCCAAGGUGAAGACUGAAGAGCAGAUAGCUGCUGAGAAAGCCUGGUACGGCACUGAGAAAGUUUGGCUGGUUCACAAGGAUGGAUUUUCCUUGGCGACCCUGUUGAAGACUGAGCCAGGCAGUUUGCCAGAGGGGAAAGUGAAGAUCCGAUUGGAGAGUGAUGGCUCACUACUGGAUGUGGAUGAGGAUGAUGUGGAGAAGGCCAACCCUCCAUCAUCUGACCGCGUGGAGGACCUGUCCUCGCUGCAGUACCUCAACGAGUCCAGUGUGAUGCAUUCUCUGCGCCAGCGCUACGGGGGCAACCUGAUCCACACGCACGCUGGGCCCAACAUGGUGGUCAUUAACCCCAUCAGCACCCCCUCCAUGUACUCAGAGAAGGUGAUGCACAUGUUUAAGGGGUGCAGGAGGGAGGACACAGCCCCUCACAUCUACGGCUUGGCCCAGUCGGCCUAUAGGAACCUGCUGACCACCCGCCAGGACCAGUCCAUUGUGCUGUUGGGAAAGAGUGGGAGCGGAAAGACCACCAACUGUCAGCACCUGAUCCAGUACCUGGUUACCAUCGCUGGCAGCACCAACAAGACCUUCUCUGCGGAGAAGUGGCAGGCUGUCUACACCAUCCUGGAGGCCUUCGGGAACAGCUCCACCUCCAUGAACGGGAACGCCAGUCACUUCUCCCACAUCGUCUCCCUGGACUUUGACCAGGCUGGCCAGGUGGCGUCGGCCUCCAUCCAGACCCUGCUGCUGGAGAAGCUCCGAGUGAGCAAGCGACCAGAAGGGGAAUCCACCUUCAACGUCUUCUACUACAUCAUGGCUGGAGCCGACAGCUCUCUGAAGACGGAGCUACACUUCAACCACUUUGCUGAAAACAGCGCUUUUGGAAUUGUUCCUCAGCAAAAGUCUGAGGAUAAGCAGCGGGCCUCCCAGCUGUUCACCAAGCUGCAGGCAGCCAUGAGGGUCCUGGGGAUCAGUGGGGAGGAGCAGAGGGCCUUUUGGCUGAUCUUGGGGGCCAUUUAUCACCUUGGAGCUGCAGGGGCCACCAAGGUGUCGGUCAUAGAGGACAUCGACACAGAUAAAGCUGGUAGGAAACAGUUUGCUCGUCAUGAGUGGGCGCAGAAGGCUGCUUACCUGCUGGGCUGCACCCUGGAGGAGCUCUCAUCCUCCAUCUUUAAGCACCAGGCAAAGGGCUCCCUGCCCAGAGGCAGCUCCAUACGCCAGGGGACAGAUGAUACGCCAGGAGACGCCUCAGGCUCCAAGGCCUCUGCGAUGGAGUGUUUAGAAGCCAUGGCAUCUGGACUGUACUCUGAGCUCUUCACCCUCCUCAUCUCACUCAUCAACCGGGCUCUGAAGUCCAGCCAGCAUUCGUUGUGCUCACUGCUCAUCGUGGACACUCCCGGCUUCCAGAACCCGCGGCUGGCCAAGAGGGAGCGCGGCGCCACCUUUGAAGAGCUCUGCCACAACUACACCCAGGAGCGCCUCCAGACACUGUUUUAUCAGCGCACCUUUGUACAGGAGCUGGAGAGAUACAAAGAGGAGAACAUAGAGCUUGCAUUAGAUGACAUGGAGCCCAGCACAUCUCUGUCUGUUGAUGCUGUGGACCAAGCUUCAAGUCAGGCACUGGUACGGACUCUGAGGACUGAUGAGGCCCGGGGUCUAUUGUGGCUGAUGGAGGAAGAGGCUCUGCAACCUGGUGGUUCUGAGGACACUUUACUGGGACGUCUGUUCAGCUACUAUGGUCCUGCUGAAGGCCAGAGCAAAGGUCACACCUUGCUGUUAAAGAGUGAGAGGCCUCAUCACUUCCUGCUGGGCCACAGUCAUGGCACAGACUGGGUAGAAUAUGAUGCCCGUGGUUGGCUGAGCUAUGCUAAACAAAACCCUGCCUCAACCAAUGCCGGGAGUCUCCUUCAGGACUCCCAAAAGAAGAAUAUAAGUGGUCUGUUUAUGAGCCGUGGGGGCGGGGCUACCAUUCUGUCAGGCUCCAUCGCUGGCCUGGAGGGCGUUUCCCAGCUGGCCAUGAGGCGCGCCUCAAGCAUGAGGAAAACCUUCACAACCGGUGUGGCUGCUGUCAAGAAGAAGUCCCUCUGCAUCCAAAUCAAACUUCAAGUGGAUGCUCUGCUGGACACGGUGAGGAGAUCCAGGGUGCAUUUUGUCCACUGCUUGCUGCCUAGUGCUGAUGCCCUGCGGGCAGGCAGAGGGGAGGCUGAGGCUCAGGGGGAGAGUGGAGACUCUGGCCUGAUGCAGCUGGAUGUGGCCCUGCUCCGGGCCCAGCUCCGCGGCUCUAAGUUGCUGGACGCCCUCAGGAUCUACAGACAAGGGUAUCCUGAUCACAUGGUCUUCUCCGAGUUCCGCCGCCGCUUCGACGUGCUGGCACCACACCUGACAAAGAAACUUGGCCGCAACUACAUCGUGAAGGAUGAGAAAAGGGCAGCGGAGGAGCUGCUGGAGUCCCUGGACCUGGAGAAGAGCAGCUAUCACAUGGGCCUGAGCAGGUUGUUCUUCAGAGCAGGGACCUUAGCUAAACUGGAGGAGCAAAGGGAUGAGCAGACCAGACGCAACAUCACCCUGUUCCAAGCAGCCUGCAGUGGAUACCUGGCCAGACAGGCCUUCAAGAAGAGGAAGAUUCAGGACCUGGCCAUCCGCUGCAUACAGAAGAACAUCCAGAAGAACAAGGGAGUGAAGGGCUGGCCCUGGUGGAAGCUGUUCACCACCGUACGGCCACUCAUCGAGGUGCAGCUCACGGAGGAGCAGAUCCGAGAAAAAGACGAGGAGAUCCAGAAUCUGAAGGGGAAGCUGGAGAAGACGGAGAAGGAGAGGAACGAGCUGAGACUGAACACUGAUCGACUGGAGAGCAGGAUCUCAGAGUUGUCAGUGGAGCUGGCAGACGAGAGGAACACUGCAGAGUCAGCUUCUCAGCUGUUGGAGACAGAGACCUCUGAGAGACUGAGACUGGAGAAGGACAUGAAGGACCUACAGGCUAAGUUUGAGUCCAUGAAGAAACAGAUGGAAUCCAUGGAAAUGGAGGUGAUGGAGGCUCGUCUCAUCCGGACGGCAGAGCUCAACGGGGACAUGGAGGAGGAUGAUGACGGAGGAGAGUGGCGCCUGAAAUACGACAGAGCUAUCCGGGAGACAGAGUUUACCAAGAAGAGACUUCGGCAGGAGUUUGAAGACCAGCUGGAGACGGAGCAGCAGAGCAGAAGACAGCUGGAGAGAAGGCUGACUGACCUUCAGGCGGACAGUGAUGAGGUGCAGCGCUCAGUACAGCAGUUGAAGAAGAAGUGUGCCAGGAUGACCGCUGAGCUGCAGGACACCAAGCUGCACCUGGAGGGGCAGCAGAGCCGCAACCACGACCUGGAGAAGAAACAGAGAAAGUUUGACUUGGAGCUGAGCCAGGCCCAGGACGAGGUGCAGCGAGAGAAGAACCUGAGAGAGAAGCUGAGCAGGGAGAGAGACAUGAUGACCGGCGAGUUGUUCAGUCUGCGCCAGCAGCUGCAGGACAAGGACAUGGAGCUGUGUGCGGUCCAGCUGAAGGUGGAGCAGCUGGAGGCAGAGCUACAGGAUCUCUCCUCCCAGGAGUCCAAGGACGAGGCGUCACUGUCCAAGACCAAGAAGAUCCUCCGCGACCUAGAGGCCAAGGUCAAAGACCAGGAGGAGGAGCUGGACGAGCAGGCGGGGACUAUACAGAUGCUGGAACAGGCCAAACUGCGUCUGGAGAUGGAGAUGGUGAGUCUACGGCAGUCCCACUCCAAAGACAUGGAGGGCAAGGAUGAGGAGGUGGAGGAGAUCAGGCUGUCGUGCAGUAAGAAGUUGAAGCAGAUGGAGGUCCAGCUAGAGGAGGAAUAUGAAGACAAGCAGAAGGUCUUGCGUGAGAGAAGAGAGUUGGAGGCCAAAUUACUGUCUGCUCAGGACCAGGUGAGCUGCAGGGAUGUGGAGACGGAGAAGAGGCUGAGGAAGGAUCUGAAACGCACCAAGGUACUGCUGGCCGAUGCCCAGAUCAUGUUGGACCACCUGAAGAAUAACGCCCCCAGCAAGAGAGAGAUCGCCCAGCUCAAGAACCAGUUGGAAGAGUCCGAGUUCACGUGUGCUUCUGCAGUCAAGUCUCGUAAGGGCAUGGAGCUAGAGAUAGAGGACCUACACAUCCAGAUGGAAGACGUGGUCAAAGUCAAGAUGUCGCUUGAGGAGCAGGUGUCUCGUCUCCAGAGGGAGAAGAAUGACCUACAGUCUCGUAUGGAGGAGGACCAGGAGGACAUGAAUGAGCUGAUGAAGAAACACAAGGCGGCCGUGUCCCAGUCUGCCAGAGACCUGGCCCAGAUCAGUGACUUGCAGGCCCAGCUGGAAGAGGCCAUGAAGGAGAAGCAGGAGAUCCAGGACAAGCUGCAGUCCCUGCAGAGCCAGCUGGAGUUCCAGGAGCAGUCCAUGGUGGAGAAGUCCCUGGUCAGCAGGCAGGAGGCCAAGAUCCGCGAAUUGGAGACCAAGCUGGAGUACGAGAGGACCCAGAUCAAACGCCUCGAGAGCCUGACGGGGCGUCUGAAGGAGAACCUGGAGAAGAUGACGGAGGAGAGAGACCAUGUGUUGAAUGGAGAGAACAGGGAGAAGGAGCAGAACAAGCGUAUGCAGAGACAGAUCAGGGACAUCAAAGAGGAGAUGGCUGAGCUGUCCAAGAAGGAGUCAGAGGCCAGCCGCAAAAAGCAUGAGCUGGAAAUGGACAUUGAGAGCCUGGAGGCGGCCAAUCAGAGUCUGCAGGCAGACCUCAAGCUGGCCUUCAAGAGGAUUGGAGACCUGCAGGCCGCCAUUGAGGACGAGAUGGUCGACAGCGACGGCGACGAUGACCUCAUAAACAAUUUACAAGACAUGGUGACAAAGUAUCAGAAACGAAAGAACAAAACCGGAGACGAGGCGGACACAGACUCCGAGGUGGAGGACCGUGUGGACGGGGUCAAGUCUUGGCUGUCUAAGAAUAAGGGCUCCACCAAGACCCUGUCAGAUGAGGGCAGUCUGAAGAGCUCCAGAUAUGCUGUGAAUGUAGAUGCCAAGGAAGGGAAAGAGGGUAAGGAGAUUAAAGAAGGUAGCAAAGAGGGCAAAGAACUAGACAGCAGAUCAGUGUCUGUGAUGAGUUCCCUUAGCUACAGGAAGCGCUCCAAACUAAAGGACUCCAUCGGAGGCCAGGGGGAUGAGAGCUCCCUGUUCAGUACGCUGAAAGAACAGUCCGACACCACAGACCGCUCGUCCCUACGCAAGGCCAAGGCCAAGUCCACUGAGCAGGACGACGGCCUGUCGGUCAGCUCUUGGAAGAAUUCCCAGGAUGACGAUGAGCGUGGCUCGGUCAUCUCGCAGGCCUACUCUGAGGCCACCAGCAGGGCACGGCGAGGUCUGGAGCGCCGCUGGGCCCCACGCAGCCCGGACCCAGACAAGGAGUCCAUGGUGUCGUCCCUGGCCCCCGGCCGAUCCACCCGGAGAGCCAUGCCCAACAUGGACGACGACAACAUGUCCACCAUCAGCAGCAUCACGAGUGUGAGUCGCACCAGUCCCCGUGGACUGCGACGCAGUGCCUCCUGGAAGGACGACGGGUGUGGCGACUCAUUUGGGAGCCCGGUCAGCCCCAACUCGAGCGGGCGCUCGGGGGGACGCAGCCCGGGCGGUGUGAGCAAGGCUGAUUCCCGGAUAUCUGUUGCCCGCAGCAGUAGGCUCAGUGAGUUUGGCCUGCGCGUGGACGACGAAGACGCCCUGAGCAUGGCCUUCAGCCGGGGAACCACUUCCUGUAGCCCCCGCUCUCUGGGCCGCAGCUUCUCCACCCCGACCCGCUCCUCUGAAGACGUUGACCCGGACAACUCUGAAGUCAAGGCUGUUACCCACCGCAACUACCUGGACCCCGAUCUGGAGAAGGCCAUCAAUGAGGUCCUCAGCUUCAAGCCCAUCAAGUUCAAACGCAGCAAACUUGACGAGUCGGAGGAGGAAGAGGAGGAGAAGGACGAGCAGGGUGACAGGAACAGUGUGCGCAGCGUUAGGGUGGAUGAUGGAGGUCUGGGCCGUAGUACUUCCAGUGCACGUCGUUCUGCGUCUAGCUCAGCAGUGGCCUACAGCACUAGGUCCUCCAGCUGCUCCAGUUCCCACCGAGGCAAAAAGAAGAGCUCCUCGGACAGCUCCUCCAGCUCAGACAGCCACCGGAGCCGGAAGAGCUCCAAGAAGAAGGAGAAAAAGUCCCGGAAGAGCUCCAAGAAGAAGGAGAUUGAGUCUGAAUCCUCCUCUUCCUCUUCGGAGUCCUCCUCAUCGUCCAGCUCAGCUUCUACCGUCUCCUACCGUAGUUCCAACAGCGUGAAGAGAGGUCCAGCCCAUCCCAGAUCGGAUGAAGAGGGCUCUGAACCGAGACCUGCCAGUAAGAAGGAGGAGAAGAAGAAAAAGAAGAGGAUGGACAGCACAGUGAUGAAGUAUCUCUACAAGCCCGAUAUUGACUAAAGCCAACAUCUGUAGCCCUCCUCUGUAUCGGAGACACCUCAGUGAAGAGGACGUGCAGGAUAGGGGUUCCAAAGGACACUCCCUAAAGGAAGAUGACAGUG